AUGGCAACUGGUGUUGAUGAAAACAAGGGUAAGAAGGAUUUACAAGAAGAUAUUGAUGAAAGCAAGGGUAAGAAAGACUUACAAGAAAUUAUAGAGCAAAUCAAUGCAGAAGAGCAUUACAGGGUUAUUACAAAAGAGGAGUAUGACCUGUUGAAAGGGCAGAAAAUUCCAACUACCCCUAAGAUUGAACAUGGUUUGAGUCAAGGUACCAUUCCUAAACUUCCACCCUUAGGUCAAGUACCACCACCAAAUCACAUACCCACACCAGGUUAUUUACAACCACCAGGUCUUAUGUCAUCCCCUAAAUUUUUUAAUAGCUCUGCUCUGUUUCAUCAGAAUAACAACCCUACCCCUAUAAAGCUUCCAACUUUUAGCGGUAGUGAGCAAGCUCAGAAAGGUGAAGUGAGCUAUGACGUUUGGUCGUAUGAGGUUAGGUGCUUAAAGGGCCAGUGGCCUGAUCAUGUUCUUUUGCAGCCAGUGAGAAGUUCUCUGAAGGGGACGGCGAGAGAAAUUCUGAUUCCACUUGGAGAAUAUGCAACAGUUGAGAACAUCCUCGCAAAGUUGGAUGAUUUUUAUGGGAAUGUAUGCACACCGGAAAACAUCAUGCAGAAAUUUUAUUCGGAUCAUCAACAAGAAGGUGAGUCAAUUGUUUCCUAUGGUUCACGAUUAGAACAAACUGUUUCAAAAGCUGUUAGACUUGGUCAUGUAGAUGUUGUAGCAAAAGAUUCUAUGCUAAGAUCAAAAUUUUGGUCUGGGUUGAGAAAUCCCCAAUUGAGAAAUGCAUCUAGAAAUAAAUAUGAAACUAUCAAAGAAUUUCAGACUCUGUUAAGAGAAGUUAGACAGAUAGAGCAAGAAGAAUUGAAUUUAGCUAUUGCUAAACCAGUUGAAUAUACAUGUAGUGCUGUAUCAACAAAUGAAGCAUUAAAUGUAGAGAAACAGCUUAGUGAAAUACUGAGUCAGAUGAAGAAGCUAGACUCUAGAAUGAGUAAAUUAGAACAAGAUCAAAAGAAUUUAACGAAUGUAGAAUAUUUUCAGACAUAUAAGCCGCAAGAGAACUUGAACAACACAAGAGGCAACUCCAGAAGCAGAGGAAAUUACAGAUACCAUAACUGGAGAGGAAGAGGAAAUUUCUCACAGCAGAAUGGUAACAAUAGAGGUUAUGGGCGAACAGAAGAUCAAUUUGCUAAAUGCCCUACUAUACCUCCCAAUCAAGAUCUAUUGACAAGACUUGUAGGUCGUUCAAAUGAAGCAGAUAUUACUGUAUUUGGUACCAAGACCAAGGCACUGAUUGACUCGGGGUCUAUGGUUACAUGUAUUUCAGAAUCUUUCUAUCAGUCUCUCAAACCUAUGCCUGAACUGUUAAGUUUGACAAACUUUGGGCUUAGUGUGAGAAGUGCCAAUGGCAGUGAAUUACCAUACAAAGGUUAUAUAGAGAUGCAAAUCAAUGUUCCUUGUAUGAAUGACUUUUCAUGCCACAUUCCUGCUCUUGUUGUACCUGAAACAAAUUAUACAAAGAAUGUCCCUGUUAUCAUAGGUACUAACUUUAUUCGUCUUUGCAGACAAAACUGUGAGAAGAUGUCUCAGACGUCAGACAUACCAGACGAGUGGCAGCUGGCAUUCGAGAGCAUGAACGAUGAGACGCCGGUCAGGACAACAAAUAAACAUACCAUUACAGUUUCUCCAAACGAGACCAAAGUCAUUAGAG